AUGGAUAUUCGAAUCUGUACACUUACUCCUCCUUCGCUUCCUUCGAGUUAUAUGCCUGAUUGGGUCUCACAAACACCUUACAAUACUAUCGAAGCUCUUUCACAAGCAUUUUUAGUACAAUCUAUUAUUGCUCGGUAUUAUUCUAGCUCUUUUAUACCUAUAUUUAAGGUUAUAGAUCCUUUAAUUAAGGGUGUAGAAUACCUAGCUAGUACUGUCACGAUUUUAGCUUUUGAGAAUCACGAUCUUCGAUUAGCAAAUAUAGGAUUAAGUAAACGUCGACACGCUAAAAAGACUCAAUUACGUUUAGGAGAAGCUCUCAUUAUUCAAGAGAUUAAUGAUAUUAUAUCACAAAAAGAGGUGGAUGUUCAGAUUAAACACGAUAGAUAA